AUGGAAAAUUUUCUUAGAAACAGAAUGCAAGCUCUUAAGCCUGUCCGAACAAGCAUAGAACGCGAAGAUGAAAAGACGAUAGAGAGAGAAGAAGAACCUCUGAGUCCAUGGUCUAUUGCGAGUCACAGAUCGGAAUCCGGUAUCUAUGUCAUGGGCAUUUUAGGGUUCAAGAACAGAAUCAACCCUAGCUGUGUCAAGGAUAACCUGAUGCAUGAUUUGAUGAGGAAUCCUCGCUUCUGUAGCUUGCAGGUUGCUGAUGACAAAGAUGGGAAGAUGAAAUGUGUAAGAACAAGUGUGAAUGUGGAAGAUCAUGUCAUAGUCCCAGAGCUCAACCAAGACAUGGAAUCUGUUUGCAUUGUUCGCGUUCAUCACUCUCUCGGCGAUGGAUUCUCUCUCGUUUCUCUUUUACUUUCUUCAGCUCGUAAAGUUUCUGAUCCAGAGGCAACUCCAUCCUUUCCAGUGAAGAAGAAGAAGGAGAAAUAUGAAGAGCAGAAUAAUUUGAGUUAUCUUCGCAAGUUUUGGUUGAUGUUUCGAUUUUAUUGGAAUAGUAUGGUUGAUGUUAUUAUGUUGAUUGCAACAUUAUUGUUCUUCAAGGAUACAAAAACACCUAUCACAAAUUCUAUGUGGGGCGAAUCAUCUAGCAAGCGCAUUGUUUACAAAAUUGUUAGUUUGGACGACAUCAAAUUGGUGAAAACUGCCACCAACUAUACUAUUAACGAUGUUAUGAUGGCCGUACUACAAGCAAGUUUAUCUCGUUACCUCAACAGGCUAUACGGUGAUAAUGAUAGAGCAACAGAGAAGGAGAAUAAUCUUCCAAAAGGCCUCCACGUUAGGGCUGCGGUACCUGUGUCCUUCAAGAUGGGGAUCCAUGCUUUACCCCAGACUAAACAUAUGGUGGGCAAUAACGUCGGUAUUAUCCUCUUUCCUUUUACAAUUGCAAUUAAAGACGACCCACUUGAUUAUCUUCGCACUGCUAAGGCUUCUAUGGACCGGAAGAAGAAUUCUUUCGAAGCUAUUGCCUCAGGAACCAUUAUUAAGCUAUUCACAUAUUUCUUUGGCAUCAAGGGUGCAAGUAUUUAUGCCCAAAGAAUUUUUUCUCAAACUACAAUACUUGUCUCAAAUCUGCCUGGACCCACCCAAGAAAGUUCUGUCUAUGGUCAUUCGAUUAGCUUCAUAGCUCCUACAGUUUAUGGGCUUCCAAAUGCUCUGACUGUAAAUUUUCAAAGCUAUUUCAACAAGAUGGCAAUUGUUCUAUCAGUUGAUGAAAAUGCAAUUCCCAAUCCUCACCAGUUAUGUACUGAUUUCGAAGAAUCUUUAAAGCUCAUUAAGGAUGCUGCCAUGGCUAGGGCAAAGAUGAUGACAUAAGGGCCAUGCAAAUGUAAUUGUAUGCUCAUUUGUCAAUUUAAAUGCACAAGAGAUUUUGUUAAGUCGGUUGCUCAGUUGUUUGUGUUGGCUAUUAAGUUUUAUAAAAAUAAUAUAUAAACCAAAAACUUCUCUGAUAAUGUAAUAAUGUUGCAUUGGUUGUCCAAUAGGAUUAUUAAUUUUUGUUUCA